GGUGGAUUCCGUUUCUCGCCUGUGGUCUGUGUUGAAGGUCAAGUUGCAUCCCUCUGUGUAUCCAUCUCUCACCGCUGACUCGGGAUGCUUGUCACGCUCUUCGCAACCCAGGCUGCAGCGAUGCUGUCAUCUCGCUCCGGCAGCGUCCAGCCAGUUGUUAUCGCGGGAGGCGGCCCAGCGGGCCUUGCUGCAGCAAUGAUGCUAUCUCGUCGGGGCUACUCAAACAUCACAGUGCUGGAGCGGAUGAGCGAAGAUGAGUACCUCAAAGACACAGACAGGUAGGCGGUCGUUGUGAAGCGUGUCAAACGCUUUGGGUCAGUCAGAUGACGCAUACAUACGUGUGUGCCACAGGACCUACGCCAUGGCUCUCUUCCCUCGUGGGUCUGCGGCACUGGCCGAGAUCGGCUUCACCCUGGACUUGGAGGAGGAAGGUGUCGACAAUCACUUCGCUAACAGGACAAACAUCCGCCCUGAUGGCUAUGACGGCAGUUGGAUGCAAACCAAGGGCAAGAAGGGCUUCUAUGCGCUUGAGAAGGUGGCCAAGGAGGCCAGGGACAGGGGCAACAAGACAGACAACUUUCCACUCACGGAGCUGCUGAAGCGACAGACCCUAACGCGGCUGCUAUAUAAGGAUCUGAUGGCCAAGUACCCAGGCGUGAACGCCGUCAAGAUGGUCUUUGACGCGCAAGUGAUCGGGUGCGACGUCGACCUGAGCAAGACUUCGGCGAGUGUGAGGUAUCAGAUUGCAUCAGAGGCGGCGCCCAGGACAAUCGAUGCGCAGCUGGUUAUUGCGGCCGACGGCAUGAACUCACAGAUCACACGAAGCAUUCAGGAGGUGAGGAGCCGGGGGAACAGGCAGGGGAGGGGAGGUGCCUUCCCACCUAUGAUUUCCCCUGUGAGUGUCUUGUUGCAGUCAGACCCAGCCUUUCGUCUGAUUCGCCUCACAAACGAGAGCUAUUUCGCGGGCUCCCCCAAGCGAUACAAGGUGCUCGCCCUGCCGCCCUCCUUCGAUGUGGAGGUCACGACUAUCAAGAAGCCGCAGCGCCGCGGACUCGCUGCCCUCUUCAGAAGACGGCAGCCAGACGCCCCUGUGGAGACGACGACCCGGCUGCACAUGAGCCCCAGAUGCCAGGUCGUCUUCACACCCGUCGUCCCCAAGAACGAGUCGUUCUCGUUUGGAUGCUUCCCCACCACACAGAAGCACACCCGCGUGGCCAACCUGAACACGCCGCCCGACCAUCCCAUUCUCUCUCUCGCGUCCGGCGAGGAGCUCUUGCGCUACCUCGAGCGGUCGAUACCGCAAUGGCGCAACGUGCGGGAAGUGGUCCGCAUGGACGAGGCAGAGCGAUUUGUUCGAAAGAAGGUCGGCAGAUACGGGACGCCCCAGUAUGUGAAUCAGCUGCAUGUGGGCCGAGUGGCGUUCGUCGGAGAUGCAGCUCAUGCCUUCCCACCUGACUUGGGUCAGGGCGUGAAUGCGGCUCUGGAGGAUGUGGCCAUCCUUGGCCGCUGCAUGGAUGGCGCAGACCAGCUGUCUGACGCCCUUCAGCUAUACACCGGAAUGAGGGGCCCCGAUGCAGCUGCCAUUGCUCAUCUGGCGCAUCGCUGGCAGCUACUCUCAGCUACUGCAUCCCUCUUUCGCAAGAUACGCUGGAGAGGGGAUUUCUUCUUGCGACUGUUGCUGAGCCGACUGCUGCCCUUCCUUUUCGACCCACCCGUGUACCUGAUGAUCACACAGAGGGAGCUGUCAUACGCCGAGGUGUGGCGAAGAGCCAGGAGGACGUCUCGGCGGCUGGCAUACGUUGCCACACUUGUGCUGCUGGCGCUGAUCCAGGCCGUGUUGUAGUCGAUCGACCGUGUAGUUGAGGUGUAGUGUGGGUGUGACGCCUUCUUGUGGCUGUUUUGUAGACAUCACUAUGGGUGGUUUCAAAGUAGCGGGCUUUCCCGCCUGGCCUGCAUGAUUGCGAUUAAAAGAUGACUAUGGACAUCCGAAGCUGGACGUGUCUUCGUGUUUGUGCAUAGGAUGGGUGGGUCAUUUCAGCUCACUUUCUAUCUUGUUUAUUGGGUGGGGAUGACCGCCGCUGACUUUUGUUGCGAAGCUUCAAUGAAUGCGACAACGUACACA